AUGGACAGCGUACAGGAUCUGAUCGAGGAAGCUAAACUCCGGACGGUGUGGUGGGUUCUCUGUAUAUUCGCAGUGUCUUACUUCUUGACGCAUACUAGUAAAUCCAUGCUAAUGAAUAUUCCCAUAGCGAUACUCUUCCUCGCUGGACUAAGGAUAUUGCUUAAUGAGGUGGAAUUCCGCUGGAAGGUUCGGAAUAACAGACCAGUUUCUUACUUGUCACAUUUAGAGAAGAAGCAGCUUUCAGUGAAUGAUCCUCGUCUUACUACCCCGCCAGCUCCACCAAAGUGGAAAAGGAAAAUAGAUUCUCCUGUUGUGGAAGCAGCUAUUGAGGAUUUCGUCAACAAGCUUUUGCAUGACUUUGUCAUUGAUUUGUGGUAUUCUGAUAUCACACCUGACAAAGAGGCACCAGAGCUAAUACAUGGUAUAGUCAUGGAUGUUCUUGGUGAAGUAUCUGCGAGAGUGAAAGAACUAAACCUUGUUGACCUGUUAACAAGGGAUGUAGUUGACUUGAUAGGGGAUCAUCUUGAUCUCUUCAGAAGAAACCAGGCUGCCAUCGGAGUGGAUGUUAUGGGCACAUUGUCUUGUGAAGAAAGGGAUGAAAGAUUGAAACACCAUCUUAUGGCCUCGAAGGAGCUUCACCCUGCUUUGAUAUCUCCAGAGUGUGAGUACAAGGUUCUACAGCGGCUCAUGGGCGGGCUUUUAGCUGUUGUGCUUAGACCAAGGGAGGCCCAGUGUCCCUUAGUCAGAUGCAUUGCUCGUGAACUCUUAACAUGCUUGGUAAUGCAACCUGUUAUGAAUUUUGCAAGCCCCGAGUAUAUUAAUGAGUUGAUUGAAUACAUUAUCCUUGCUUACAACAAUGAGGGGGGCACAGAUGCCACUGAUAACUUUUCUAAUGUGGAGGGUCAUAAACGUCAGCAGACAGAUUCUGGAGAACAUGGUCAAAACAGUGAAUCCGAUUUGAAAAAAAAUACACCUUCUAACAAUCAAGGCACUGACUUGUCUUUGGUUCAACCUGAGUAUAAAAGGAAGAAGCUUGAGUUGGGUGACUCUGGUGAUCUUUUAACUGGCACAAUGCUGGAUGAAAACAUACACACUGGGCAUGCUGAGUGGGCUAAAGUGUUUGAGGCGGCAACCCAAAGAAGAACUGAAGUUCUAAUGCCCGAAAAUCUUGAAAACAUGUGGACAAUAGGAAGAAACUAUAAAAAGAAACUCCAAAAGAAAGGUUCUCCGGAGCAUCAUGCUCCGGAAGUUACAGGUUUGGCAAACAGCACAUUUGCUACAAAAGACUUGGUGACUGGAGCGUCUAAGCGGAGGCCUGAAAUAUAUGACCGAGUAGAAGACAAAGUUCAUAUGCAACUACCGCCCAGGCCCCAACAAGAUACUCGACCGAGUGAUCUCGGUACUGAUGCUUUAAGCAGUUCUCAAGAGCUUAACAAGGAUGUGUUUCCGAAGGAUAAAACCUCUAGUUUACAUGAGUUGGAUAUUUCCCGAGAAAGUAAAAAUAGGCUCAAACGAUCAAACAGCACAUCUGACUUGAAAAUUCAGCCCACCCUGGAAAAUAUUCUUGCCACUAAAAGCAGUACUCCCAUCAUUAAUGAAUAUUAUAGUGCAGAUGUUGAUAAACUUAACAUGCAGAACAUUAGUAGUGGUUCGGAUAUGGUAUUACGCCAUGAAGGGAUGCAUAUCCCAAAGCUCAGAUGUAGGGUGGUUGGAGCGUACUUUGAGAAACUUGGCUCAAAAUCUUUUGCAGUUUACUCUGUUGCUGUGACCGGUGCAGAUAACACCACACGAUUUGUGAAAAGAAGAUACCGGAACUUCGAGAGAUUGCAUAGGCAUCUUAAGGAUAUCCCCAAUUAUACAUUACAUUUGCCUCCUAAAAGGAUAUUCUCUUCAAGUACAGAGGAUGCCUUUGUCCACCAGCGCUGCAUACAGCUUGACAAGUAUCUUCAGGAACUCUUGUCAAUUGCUAAUGUUGCUGAGCAACAUGAGGUGUGGGAUUUUUUAAGUGACUCCUCCAAGAAUUACUCUUUUGGGAAAUCUCCUUCUGUGAUGAGGACUCUGGCUGUCAAUGUUGAUGAUGCUAUGGAUGAUAUCGUACGCCAAUUCAAAGGGGUAUCUGAUGGCCUUAUGUGGAAAGUUGGUGGCUCACCUUCAUCUUCUUUUGGACAAACUUCUUCUGUUGCGCCCAAAAGUCUUUCCUGGAAUGCUGAUGAUAUAAACAAGUUGACUUUAAGGCCAAGUACCUCAGAGUCUCUGAACAGUUUCUCUGACAAUGAUGAUGGGGAUAAAGAUGUGGGCCAUGACGAACAAGAAGUCGAGGCUGUGACCCGAGCUAGUGGUCUACAUUCAGACUAUGAGUUAAGCUCAAAGGGGUUCCCAACAAGGGUGGUUAAGCACGAUGAAGAUGUUGGUAACUUUGUUUCCGAAGAGAUAGCUCGUUCGAGGUCAAAAUCGGAGUUCAAUUCCAUGAGCAGAUAUCCAGAACAAAAUAUGUCCUUAUCGUAUGUCCCUCAAGAGGACCCAACUGGGGUUCCUCCAGAGUGGACGCCUCCAAAUUUGAGUGUUCCAGUUCUGAAUUUAGUUGAUAAUGUAUUUCAGCUCAAGAGAAGGGGCUGGCUAAGGAGGCAGGUGUUUUGGAUAUCAAAGCAGAUAUUGCAGUUGGUCAUGGAAGAUGCCAUUGAUGACUGGCUGUUGAGGCAAAUCCAAUGGCUCCGCAGGGAGGAUGUUAUCGCACAAGGGAUUCGGUGGGUCCAAGAUGUUCUGUGGCCUGGUGGCACAUUCUUCCUGAGAUUGCGUGCUCAAAAUCAACAAAGUGGCUGUGAAGAAUCCCAGCAGACGAGGCAAUCUGGAGGAACGAGGGUCCCACAACCUGGGUCUUUCGAACAACAGCUUGAAGCUGCCCGCAGGGCUAGUGAUGUGAAGAAGAUGAUAUUCAAUGGUGCUCCCACAACUCUGGUCAGCUUAAUCGGGAACAAGCAAUACAGGCGUUGUGCUAGAGAUAUUUACUAUUUUCUUCAGUCCACAGUUUGUUUGAAGCAACUUGGCUACGGAAUUCUGGAACUUGUUCUGAUAUCUAUUUUCCCUGAAUUACGUGAUGUCGUGAUGGAUAUUCACGAGAAGAAUGAAUGUUUGAAGAAAAUUGGUGUUUCUUAG